AUGGCGGCGGCCGGCGGCGGGGAGGGCGCGGACGGAGGCCCCGCGCUGUGGGCCGAGGUGCGGGCGCUGCUGCCCCGCGCCGAGGAGGGGCUGACCUUGGCGCUGAGCGGGGAGGUGGAGGGCUGCGUCCUGCCGCUGCUGCGGCGCGCCCGCGCCCUGCUCUACAGCCCGCCGGGCCCGCCCGGGGCGGCGGCAGCGGCGGCGCUGGCGCGCUUCAGCGACGUCCUGCGCGACUAUUCCUGGGAGAAGCUGAACGCGGUGCCGUGGAGGGAGGUCGGCAAGGGCUGGCGGCAGGUCUACGCCUACGGCUGCCUCUUCGGGGCGCUGGCCGAGGUGGCCGCGGGCCGCCCGCGGGCCGCCGUGCGCCUCUGCGACCUGGGGCUGCUGCUCGGCGCCGCCGUCCUGGACAACGUCCUGGCGCGCCUGGUGCGGGCGCUGCAGCCGCGCCUGCCCCGCGGGACCGGCCCCGCGCAGAGGUACCGCCCGCGAACCCCCUCUCCUUCCCGGCCUCCAGCCUCCCCGGGGGUCUCGGCCGGUGUUGAGGGGGAACGUCCAUUCCAGAGGGUCCGGCCGGAGCGGCCCCCGCCGCCCCCCGCGGUGCGGCCGGAGGAGGCGAUUCCUCACCUUCACUGCCCUUCGCUGGAGCACUUCAGAGACAACUACCUCAUUCCCGAGCGGCCCGUGGUCCUGGAGGGCGUCAUGAACCACUGGCCGUGUAUGAAGAAGUGGAGCGUGGAGUAUUUUUGUCAAGUCGCAGGGUGCCGCACAGUGCCCGUGGAGUUGGGUGCCCGGUACACAGAUGAGGAAUGGUCUCAGCAGCUCAUGACUGUCAAUGAUUUCAUCAGCCAGUAUAUCAUGGAUGAGAACAGCGUAGGAUACCUUGCCCAGCACCAGCUUUUUGAUCAGAUCCCAGAACUGAAAGAAGAUAUCAGUAUCCCUGACUACUGCUGCCUGGGGGAAGGGGAAGAAGAUGACAUCACCAUUAAUGCUUGGUUUGGUCCAGGAGGCACAAUCUCACCUCUUCAUCAGGAUCCCCAGCAAAAUUUUUUAGCCCAGGUAUUAGGAAGAAAGUAUAUCCGUCUGUAUUCACCACAAGAUUCAGAAAACCUGUACCCACAUGAAAGCCAAAUUCUUCACAACACUAGUCAGGUUGAUGUGGAAGAUCCUGACUUGGUCAAGUUUCCCAAUUUCACAAAGGCUGCAUUUCAGUCCUGCAUUCUGAUGCCUGGACAGAUUCUGUUUAUUCCAGUUAAAUAUUGGCACUAUGUGCGAUCACUUGAGCUCAGCUUCUCUGUCAGUUUCUGGUGGUCAUAACUCUGAAGCAUCGUCUGCAGCAUUGUGAUGGGAAUUAAAGAUCAGCAAAGUAGCAUCUA